AGGUGUGCAACAAUUAGCUCUGAGUAUAGCGUGCCCCCAUCAUCGUUGGGGCUUGGACUUCAUUUUGGGAAUCAAUAAUCCAAUUCGCGAUGGUGGCGGUGUUUUUGUGAGUGAGUGAGUCGCUACUCUUAUCGAUAAUCCCGUUAUCGCCAGUCAAUUAAUCACGCACGUAUAAACAACCGGUCCCCGCGGGGCUUGGCCGUCUUCUCGCUUGCCAGUGCCCACUUAGUAUCAAAAGUGUACGCGAUCGAUUCGGAUCAUGACUUUCGCGCCGUAGUAAACAUUUAAAAGGGCUGAAUCAAUAUAGGAUACCUCGCAGCUUCUGUUCAGUGCGACAUUAUGCAACCUGCGCGACUCGAAUGAAGGACGACUGAGACUGACUGACUGGUUGCGGGUGAAGAACGUGGCGGCGCUUGAGGCAAUAAAAAUAGCACGCUUUCUUCGUCAUCGUUUGUUUGUCUGUCGACGACGACUCCGAAAACGUCACCGGUGACUGGUUCACUGAUCUCCUCGCCGUCGGCUCAAAAAGCGUUUAUCAGGGUGGAAUUCCAGCAACUGAAGUGGUAUCACGCAUCGCGAGAUAUCAUCAUCUUGGCGCGCAUUUUGUGAGCAAACAAGAGAAGGAAGCGCCCGCAGUCUUUGAUCCAGUUUGCUGCGGAAAGCUGUGAUAUUGCUGUGUGCUUUAUGUCAAAAGAAAAAUAUUACAAAAUGGGUUCGACGCAACGAAGCAAGCUGAUUGCAGUCAUCGAUGAAGGAACGAACAGCGCGCGCUUUGCGAUCUUCAAGCUGCCCCAGUUCGAGGAGCUAUGCUCGCACCAGGUCAGCAUCACCCAGAUCAUCCCGCACGAGGGCUGGUCCGAGCAGAACCCCGUCGAACUGCUGGAAGCCGUGCGGUUGUGUGCCGUCGAAGCAUGCCACAAACUGGAAACCCUCGGUUAUCUGGUGAGCGAUAUCGCCUCCAUCGGUAUCACUAAUCAGCGCGAGACGACCGUUGCGUGGGACAAAUAUACUGGCGAUCCGCUCUACAAUGCAAUCGUUUGGAACGACAUCCGCACAAACUCCACGGUGGACAAAGUGUUGGCCCGAAUCCCGGACCAGAAUCACAACCACUUCCGGCAGAUUUCCGGUCUGCCCAUCUCGCCAUACUUCUCCGCCCUGAAGCUCUGUUGGUUGAAGGAGAAUGUCCCGGCCGUGCGGAGGGCCUGUCGGGAGAAGCGUUGCUACGCCGGAACCAUCGACACCUGGUUGAUUUGGAACCUAACCGGCGCCGCCAACGGGGGUGUAUUCGUAACGGAUGUCACCAACGCCUCGCGAACGCUCCUCAUGAACAUCGAGACGCUCUUCUGGGAUCCGAUACUGAUCAAGACGUUCAACCUGCACGUGGACAUGCUGCCGGAAAUUCGCAGCUCGUCGGAGAUCUACGGCCACAUCAAGUAUGGGAGCAUCCUGGACGGGAUCCCGGUGAGUGCCAUCCUCGGCAACCAGCAGGCCAGUUUGAUAGGGCAGCGGUGCAUUCGGGAGGGUCAGGCGAAGAACACCUACCGGAAGGGGUGCUUCCUGCUGUAUAACACCGGAACCAGGUGCGUACAUUCCACACACGGACUGGUGACGACGCUAGCGUACAAGAUGGGACAGGACAAGCCGGCGGUUUACGCGCUGGAAGGGUCGAUUGCUGUCGCCGGCGUGGCCAUGAAGUGGCUUCGUGAUAACCUCGGGCUGCUGAAGGACAUUCCAGUCGAUUCGGAGCAGAUUGCCGGCAGCGUGUUCUCAACCGGCGAUGUCUACUUUGUACCUGCCUUCACGGGCCUGUUCGCGCCCUACUGGAGGAAAGAUGCUCGAGGAAUAAUUUGCGGUCUGACCAGUUUCACCACCAAGCAUCACAUCAUUCGGGCCGCGCUGGAAGCCGUCUGCUUCCAGACACGUGAUAUUAUCGAAGCAAUGAAGAAAGACUGCGGGAUCAACCUGACCAAACUGCACGCGGACGGUGUCAUGACCAACAACACACUACUGAUGCAACUUCAGGCCGAUCUCGUUGGGAUACCAGUCUUGAAAACGGAAGUGAGCGAUCCUGCGACACUCGGAACGGCGAUGGCGGCAGCGCAGGCCAAGGGAAUCGAACUCUACAACAUGGAUAACGAUAAUCGUGACUACACUCUCCACAUCACCCACGAAACAUUCCUGCCCACAACGACGGAGGAGGAACGCAACGCCCGGUACACCAAGUGGAAAAUGGCCGUCCAGCGCAGCUUGGGCUGGGCCGUCACCAAGAAGAGUGAUGCCAUGACAGACGAACGCUACUCCAUGCUGGCGUCGAUUCCGGCCGGACUGUUCCUGUUGAGUUCGUUCGUGAUGCUGGUGGUCUCGCAAGCCAAACGAAGCUGAGCUACCUAACCUAAAAAACCGAACGCUUCUGGGGCCGUCUGUUCAGUUGCAAGUCUUAUUCUAAAAUUGCAUAUACUUACAACUUAUUAUUAGCUAGAUUAGACGGUUGUAGUCGGAACCCAAGCUUACAACUAAAAAGACAACUCAAACUCUGGGGGGUGCUCAAGUAUCCAAUAAGGUAGAUAGUUAGCGCCGGAAAGGCGCUAUAAUGCAACUUUAAGGUUAGGAGACCCAGAUUAGGACAAACGAAUAGCAAACCAAAAAAAACAAAUCAGUGAUGCUUCCAUGCAGCAAACAGUAUAGAUAGUUAGGCAAACUAAUCCGAGUGCACUACGCAAUUGGGCCUCAGUCGAUUGCAACCCAAGUGUCAAAGAGUACCUUUCAAUAGUUAACGGAACUAGGAAAAAAAAAGUAAGCACUCCAUUCCUCGUAGUACACGAAAGCUUAGAAAACAAAUUGAAAAUAGGUCUGUAGUAGAAGAACAAAGGGGAAGAUUGUAACAAUCUAAAAAUUAUAUAAUAAUCAAUUAGACAUAUGUGAGGAACAAAAGUAAAGCAAAAGAUGUAAGUUAUUUUACACGAAUUGUUAGGAUCCCUCCGUUACAAAGAGACACAUUUGAUUUAGUCGUUUGAAUGAUGAUAUUUUAACGUGUUUAGGCAUAACUUUUAGCGAUCGAUUUAUUGAUUUGUCAGACUAUUAUUAAAAAGAUUCUAUCCUCUAGAUGUUAAGCAUAUUGAGGGCUUGAUUUUACUGUUGUCAACCGCAGGUAGUUUAUUUAUAGCGCCUAAUUUGAUUGUAUUGUGAACACAGAGUAGCUUUACUUUUACUAAGUAGCCAUCUAACGAGGAAACGACGAUUGUAAGACUUUUUUAUAUACAGUACUUAAUGCUACAGAACGAAAGAUUUUAUUAUACACACAUUAUUUUGCCGAUGGAUCAAAACGUAGUAGAUAUUUAUCCGAAAACAAGUCCCUGAUAGUAUAGGUAAUAAAAUAUGUAUUUCAAUUGCA